GAGGUCUACGAUACUGUGCUGGAGGAGACAAAGUGUGCCAAAAGUCUUAUCCCUGACUCUGGGAUUUUGCUUUUUUGUCAGAUCCUUCUUGGCUGCCCGGACCAGGCUUGGGCUCCCUACUAGCUUCUCGACUACUGACGCCUUCUUCCCUCGUUAGCUCUCGAUCAGCGGAAUUGGACGGCACGUUUAGGUCGAACACGGCGUGGCCAACCGGGGGGGUGGUGCGUCCCUUGCUUCAAGGAGGUUGACGAAAGGGAACCUCGACCACACACCGGCACACCUUCACCGCGAUUCACUCUUCUCUAUUCUUUCUCAGAUCUUUCUUCUACUCUCUUAAAACGGAAUUGAUUUCCUUGCUCUGAAGACCGUUCGAUGCUUAAGGUUUGAACCUUAAAAGUGGUGGUUGAUCUAGGGUGCUUGUCAUACAGCUGGGCGGGUCAAACACGGGGCUUGCUGGAUAUAGAUUACACGGAUCACACGCUCGCGAGGAACCGACACCAUGCCUCCCAAUGGCUCUUCGUUCACAUCUUUGAAUCUCCCAUCGGCGUUUACCCUCCCGCGAUGCAUGGAAUACUUCACUGUUACUGCGGGUCCCAACACGGAUCUUUGGCGCAAACCCGGUGCCCGUGACACCGCCACCGCUCCAAUCGUCUUUACCUCCCUCCGACGCCGGUUUGAGGUUGCAGAGGUGACGGUGACCGCGGACUGGGAGAUGGAAUGGGACCAAGGCGGGCUAGUGAUCUUCGCCGGGGCGGCACCGCAGUCAUCAGAGGAUGGACCGGUGCACCGUGUGCCCUUGUCACCACCGCUCCCGGGGACGUCGCCCGCCGCCAUUCGACUCGGAGCCACGCCCCAUGCCCCGUCCUCUGCUCGCCCCGGCAAAUGGGUCAAAGCCGGCAUGGAGUUCUGCUCCGGGACGAUGAAUGUCUCCAGCGUUAGCGCCACGGUCGACGGCGCCGACUGGUGCGCCUCGCCGUUAUCGUCCCCGGAGCACGGUCCUGCGAUGGUGCACUCGCUGCGCAUCAAGCUGGAGCGCGUCGGCCAUGCCCUGUGGAUCUGGUACCAGGUGCCCGCCGUCGCGGCGCCGUAUGCGAUGAUGACGUCGGGCGCGCUGCCCAGUGGCAUGUGGCGCAAGCUGCGUGAAGUGACCUGGUUCUUUUACGGGGUCGAGGACAAGUUCGUGCACGUGGGCGUGUACGCCAGUCGCCCGAACCGGCUGUCGCGCAGUGCGACGAUGUGGGAGAUGGUGAAUGGGGAUGGGACGGAUGGGACGGGGGCGGUGGAUGGAUUGGUGGUCGAGUUUGAGGAUCUGGAGAUUUCUUAGGUUGCCGGAGUAUUCGACUUGCCCAUGGGUGCAUGUUUGCUGCUGCACGGAUAGCAUGAUGGGCGUUUUUCACGAGUUCGACGACCGUUUUCUUUUGUUUUUGCUUUUUUACUCUUUUGCUUCCUUUUCUGUU